ACCAUAUCUUUCAUCUUUCACCCCACUUUGACUCUUUCAAUUUUAGAUUCUUCCACCAUCAUUCUCUAUUAAUAUCCUUCGUUUUACGAUAAGACGUUCGUCUCUUUGGACGAGCGACGCGACACUGCAACCCGAACCAAACAACAACCAUCACUUCCGGUUCCCUGGAUAUCACCAAGUUCACGUAUUCCAACGCGUUAUCCCUUAGACUUGAUUAGACACAAUCAACCGACAGUGUAAGCUUCGACGUGCAAAUUCCUCUCUAGGGUCAUCAGUCGCCCCAAAUCCCAAUGGCUGUCUGCAAGUUCUUCCUCCAAGGCAAUUGCAGGAACGGGAAUAAUUGUAGGUUUGAGCAUCCCGUAGGUCAAGGAGGCUCGAAUCAAAACCAAGGUUAUGGCCAAGGUCCUUCCUCAGGGGGACGGGGUGGAAGAGGCGGACGAGGUGGACGAGGUGGGCAAAGUGGACAGGGUCCCAGUGGCAGGGGACAUGCGGCUUAUCAAGCGAACAAAGAGCUCCAGACCAUUAUGGAUGCAAUUCAAGAUGAUCUAAAAUCAAAUCGUCCUGAGUGGAUCUGCUCUUGCUACGACCCCGAAGGGAAAAGCUCAACCAGGCAACUUAUCGAUGGGUUGCCUGCCGAACAGAGUCCCGAAGAGCUAAGAGUGCGCUUCUAUAUGGCUCAGGCAGCCGGGAACCCACAGGCAGGGGACGCCGAAGAGAAGCAGCUCGCUGCCGCCGUUAACGAACAAGUUCAAAACAUUUUGGGCAAUUUGAAAGCGGCUGCAGAGUACGUACUUGGUGGGAAAGACGUCCACCCUAACCGGAUUGAUAUCUGUAACAAAAACACGAGCACCGAUCAACCUUUCGCAAAAGGUCGCCGAUCCCAGUUCGGAGCAUCUAAUCAGCCUACUCCCGGGGCGACACCGUUCGGGCAGCCUUCUCCUAGUCCUUUCGGUCAGCAGAAUCCCAGCCCAUUCGGACAAGCACCAGCAGGACAAACCGGCGGUUUCAAUCAGCCUCAAGUCUCCGGGAACUCUUUCGGGCAACCUGCAUUCGGUCAAAAUGCCGGUGGACUCCCACAGGGGCCUUUCGGUCAACAGCAACAACAGCAACAACAGUCUAGCCCUUUCGCAAACACGGCGAUGGAUAACGCCCCAUCACAAUUCCAACCUCAACCUCAACCACAACCACAACCACCCGCAACCGGUUUCGGACUCCCCGCUCCAUUCGUGACUCCAGCCGCAGAUCCGAAUCAAAAUGCCUUCGGCCAACCAGUUCCUAGCCCAGCUGCUCCUUUCGCACAACCUGCGAUUAGCCCAACCCCCAGCGGCUUCGGUCAGCCUAUAAUCAACCAUCAUACCAACGCACUCGCCCAACCUACACCCACGGCGGAACAAUUCCAGGGAGGCCAGCGGAAUUCAAACGCCACAUACAACGCAGCUGGCCAGCUCCACACUUGGCACGGCCAACCGGUGAGAUGGGAAAAUGGUCAGCCCUACUACCUUGAUCCAGCGACGGGCAAAAUCACUCACGUCUUCCACCCGAAUGGAACCCCUGCUGCGUUCAAUCAAUAUGCGGCUCCCACAGAAGAAGAGAUCGCGAAUGCCGGAGGCAUAGAGAAGCUGGGGGCAAUCUAUCAACAAGCCAUCCAAGGGGGAGGAUGGGUGAACGACCAGGGGAGGAUCCUUGUCCCUGAGAUGCCCCCAAAACCUGAGUGGUCUGGUUGGAAUGCUUGAGCGUGCUAGGAAACGUGAUGAUGCACAUGGAGUGCAAAAUUGGGAUUCAUGGCAGUGCCAGAAAGUUGGCACGGCAUGGUGCGGGUGUUUUAGGAACGGAGGAACCAGUCUGAUUUCGAAAUUGGAAGGCCAUUUUGUCCAGCACGGCGCGGAUGAUAGAUUCAGCUAGAAUGGCUGGGGCCCUGCUCCCGCAAGCGCAAAUUUGAUAGUUGUUUAAGACAUCGCGAGGAGAUGCGACGAGAUGCGACGAGAUGCGACGAGGGGUUUCGGAAGAACAAGGCAAUCAUAGGCAAUUCAAUGCUGGUGCCGCCAGCUGACUAUAUCUCGGCACCAAUAGAGAUCCA